AGCUGAACUCCAGUGGCAGCCUCAGUAACACACGUCCCCUUGGAGACUAGAGCAACACGUGAUGCGUCUACUUAUCACGUUCACUGAGCAGCGCUCAGGAACACACUUUGAGGAAAAAGUGACUUUUCUGACCCUCACUCGUCGGCAGUUUCGAUGGCCAUCAUUCCUUUAGGGAGCUAACAGAGUGGGCGAAGAGAAGUAUCCAGUUGGCGAACUUUGCACAUCCUCAAAUACGCCAUUUUGAUCGCUCUCCGGAACAAGUUUGCAGUUUUUUUUCGAAGUCCAUCAUCUCUUUUCACCAUCACCAUGUCUCAGCGCAAUCAGCCCAACCCCGAGAAAGUCAAGCUAUGAGCAGAGGUCGCUGUCCCUCAUCCUGUGCCCGUAACCCUGUGACUCCAUGACCCUGUGACGUGUUUAGCCCAAAUCUUAAAAUGGAAAUGGAAAGUGCCUCCCCUGAAAAGACUGUCAGCAAUGGUGUUGGUGCUGCUGAUGUGAAUGAACGAUCUCAUUUGUCAGAAGACGCUGUUAACAAUCAGCCAUCCACACAUACACCAGAAUCUGUUGAAGAAGCAGACUGUGAUGGAAUGGACAGACCAGAGCAUGAAGAUGAAGCUGGAGUCAGAACAGAGGAGGAGCUGUCCUCCAUCAACUCCAUGAUGAGCACUGUGAUGAAUGUGGGCCAGAUCAAUGGAGUCGACUCUGAGCCCACCAAAACAUCUCCCAGAAGUACCACCAAAUCACCCUCUGUCAAUCGUACUGGGAGAAGAAAUCAGGAAGUCAAAGAAGAACGCUCAAGCUUCAUUUGCCCCCUGUGUAACAAAAACUGCAUGACACAGCACCAACUCACCAUGCAUAUCAGACAGCAUAACACAGAUAGUGGGGGAACUGACCACUCCUGCAGUAUCUGUGGGAAGGCUUUGAGCUCGGCCAGUUCUCUGGACCGCCACAUGCUGGUUCACAGUGGAGAGAGGCCAUACAAGUGUUCGAUAUGUUACCAGACAUUCACCACCAAUGGAAACAUGCACAGGCACAUGAAAAUUCAUGAAAAGGAUGCAAACAGUAUUCUUACCCCCAGUUCUUCCCCACUUAACAAGCGCCGACGACUCUCUGCUAAGAGGAAGCCCAGUGUAGAGGAUGAAGCGGAGCAGGCUGAGGAACCACCAGUUAAAAAGGUGAUGUUGAUGCAAAAGCAUGGAGAGGACGAUUCUGUCAAGAGUGAAGAAGAGCUCCUUCACUGCCCCAUCUGCUUUAAGACAUUCAUCUGUAAAUAUGAUCUGGAAUCACACAUGGAGACACAUCCUGACACUACACUCAGGUGUAACAUUUGUUGCAUUACCUUUCGCACACACCGUGGUCUCCUGCGUCAUAACGCCGUCAUUCAUAAGCAGCUUCCCACUGACCCCUCUGGACGACCCUUUAUCCAGAAUAACCCCUCCAUCCCUCUGGGGUUUGGAGACUUGGCUUUCAUUGACUUCAGCUGUCAAAAGUUUCCCCAAAUUGCACAGGUCUGGUGUGAGAGUAAUUUGCGCAGAUGCUCUAGCAAGUUCCAUAAAUUUGUUUGUGAGGUCUGCAACAAGGCCUUCCCUCUUCAGCAGUCUUUGGAUCUCCACAAAUCCUCACAUAAAUGUAGAGCAGACACCAGCACUGAACCUCAGGAACAAAACGCAUAUGCUAUUAUGGAUGCACCCAAAGUCAACUCCCAUUUCAUGGAUUCCACGGAGGUCAAUGAACUAAUACCACAUGCUGAAAGUACCAGUUCAGAUGGGAAGAACAGUUUCAUGGAGUGCAUAGGUCUCCAACACUCCUCUUUUGCUAAGCCAGAGAAAUCAGAAGAGCAAAUUCAGCAGGAAGUUUUAGACAGCAUUCGCUUCAUUCGUGUUGAGCCUACCUCAAAUCUACCUCAAGAAAGCAGUAGCAGUCUCGGCAUCUCUAUUUUGGAGCCCGUUUCUCUUCAAGCCAUGAACAAGAAUGCCGCCCUAAGCCUGCUAUCGCUACAGCCUCUCCAUGGGGUCGUCAGUAGUGGUAUGUUUGUCCCAAUAAGUGGUCAAACUGCAGUGGAGCUGGCGGACAUUGAACAAAUCCUUAAGAUUGCAGCCUCAGUGCCACCUCAGAUGUCUUUGUCUCUGCUUCCCAAAGGUCUGGGAAGUCCUCUACAGGUGGACCCCAAACAGAUUACUUCCCUCAAACCUAAGUCCUUAAUCACUCCUCGAUCCAGCAUGAGUGCCUCCACACCCCCUCCACCCGUCAUGAAUGCCCAACAGGCCUCAUCGGGUAACAUCAGUCCUAGCCUUCCACCUCAAACAGGCCAACAAGUGAGAACUACCAGACAAUCGUCAGCCUCCUCUUCGUCCUCAACCUCGUCCUCUCCCACAAAUUGGGAGACUACUCAACUGGGGCCAGAUAUCAUAGGAACCACGAUUAUCUCAUAUGAAACUGGAAAGCAAGAAGAGUUUGACAGCAAAGAGAAGGAAUCAAGAGUCGUGGGAAAGAAAACAGCCAAGGCCGAGUACCCUUGUCGGUUCUGCAAAGAAGUCUUUUCCUUCUUAGGUGGCCUUCAGGCUCAUAUGCGUCACCAUCUGGGAGCUUCACCGUAUCAGUGCACCAUUUGUAGUUACGCCGCUCCUGACAAAGCGACGCUGAUUCGACAUCUCAGAACGCACAGCGGUGAGCGGCCAUACGUAUGUCGCCUCUGUCACUACCCUUUCACUGUGAAGGCCAACUGUGAGCGUCAUCUGCGCAAGAAACACAUGAAGAACACACGCAAAGACAUAGAGAAAAACAUAGAAUAUGUACCCACCUCCUCUGGCGUAAGCGGUGUCAUUGGAGGCACCACAUUAGACCUCCUUGAUGCGGCUGGUAGCACAUCUUGUCGAUAUUGUGGGGAGGACCUUAAGACCUACCGAGCCCUUCAGAUUCAUCUGCGAACACACAAUGGAUGUCAACGGAAGCCAUUUGAGUGUAGGCAAUGUGGGGUGGCAUUUCUCGCUAAAAGGAACUGCAUUCACCACUUGCUGAAGCACCACCCAAAUGUUCCAGAAAGGGAAAUUGAAGAACACAUCAAAAGUCUUGUACCGGUAGGAGGAGACGCCGCUGCUCAAGCCAACCCUCCAACCUCAAAUGGGCUGGUUAACAGCACCGUUCCUCGGAAUGUAGGUCCCUUCUCUGGACCUGUUGAGGACCAGGACCAGCCUUUGGAUUUCUCUAGCAAAUCUCAAAAAACAAUUGCUUCAAAUGUUAAGCUUGAAGGAACAACAUCUCCUCUGUUUAAUGACUGCUCUAUGGAGCCCAUUGAUCUCUCAAUACCUAAGUAUCCAGAGAAAAAGAUAAUGAUGAAAGAACUUCCUCAGAGCAUGUCCCUGAAUCAUCAUAAUGUCAAGAAAGAAAAGACUGCUGAAACAACCCCUGGACUUCUUGCAGCUCUCCCAGUUUCCAUUUCUAACCUGGCCCCGGCUCUAUCCAGUGACCUUACCAAGCCCUUUACUCGCUUGAAGCCACUGUUACCAAAACCAUCUUCUAUUUCCUGUACUCCUGAAAUGGCACCGCUGGCCUCCAUUGCUCAGAUCAUCUCAUCUGUGUCAGCUACCCCAGUGCUGAUCGAAACAGGAAUAGAUGCCAAGAACAGUGUUAGUGCAAUGGAUUUUAAUCCAAUAAGUGAGAAGAAGGGUCACUUAGGCACCACCAAACUGGAAUCCACUCAAAAUGGAUCUUCUGAUAACUCAAAGAAGAGAGGCAAGAAGAGAGCAUUUCAGGAGGAGUUCUGUGAUCCAAGAUUGGCAACAGGCAGUGGCAUUGACCUGGAGUCAAGUGGCGAGUUUCCCAGUGUAGAGAAAAUGCUAGCUACUACAGAUGCAAAUAAAUUCAGCCCUUACUUACAACCCAGUCAGAUGGAGCCAAUGAAAGAGGAGAAAGAGAAGCAGCCUGUCAAUAAGGAGGCAAAGGAAGGACGAGAGGACAAGCCAAAGAAACCUCCACAGAACAAAGGAAAGAAGAACGCCUACUCCAAUUCAGUGCAGAAAAUGACCUGCCCAUUCUGCCCACGUUUGUUCCCCUGGGCCAGCUCAUUACAAAGGCAUAUGCUAACACACACAGGUCAGAAGCCGUACCCUUGUCCUCAGUGUGAGUCAUUCUUCUCCACCAAGUCAAACUGUGAGCGCCACCUGCUCCGCAAACAUGGAGUAUCUAAUCGGGCACUUCAAAACAGUGGAUCUCGACCCAAACCUAAGGCUGACGAAGGAUCCCGAGGAAGCACAGGCACUUUUGAGAGUGUAUCUGACACGGAUUCUCCUGCAGCCGUAGAUAUUGCGGAUAUGAGCUCUGUCAAACAAGAGGAGAAAGCUUCAUCCCCAGAACAAACAGGACAAUCAGCCACUGAACAAACAGACAGCAGCACAGAUCCAAACCAAACACAGCCAGCUGAGGGAAACCCUGAGAGAGUAGAAGUUGAUUAUGAUGAUGACGACUCUCAGAGCAACAAGAGUCUCGAUGUAAACCUUGCUAGCAAGCUUGUAGACUUCAAGCUUUCUGGAGCAGAGCAGAACCAGCCUAAAAUAACUGCUGAACCGGUUUCUCCUCCCGACGAGUUCCCCCACACCUGUGCGUCUUGCAAAAAGACCUUCCGCCAUGCAGCCACUCUCAGCCGGCACCAGAAAACUCACAAUCAGGAGGUCCAGCCCGAGGAUGGAGGCAAGAAGGGAAGACGCCAAAGUGCUUCACAAAACCCAAUCACAGCGCCCAGAAAAGAGAUGGUGCAGGAUGCAGAUUUAGAAGAUGAUGAAAAGGAUGAGAACAGCAGCUGUGUAGAAAGUGGUGUUGAUGAGGAGGAGAAAGAGAGAGAAGAUAUGAGUGAUGAUGAAGAAGAGGCUACUUCCUCAGAGCUCAGGGCUUUGGAUGAGGAGGGCGAGUCAGCCGGAGGCAAAACCGAUAAGAGAAAGAAGAUCUGUGCUGUGUGCAGCAAACGCUUCUGGAGCCUGCAAGACUUGACCAGACACAUGCGUUCACAUACUGGCGAGCGACCUUAUAAGUGCCAAACCUGCCAUCGUACCUUCACCCUGAAGCACAGUCUGGUGAGGCACCAGCGUGUCCACCAGAAACCCACGGAUGAAAAGGGGACCGAUGAGGCAGAAAUGAACGAAGAAAUGGAUGGAGCAAGAGAUGACGGCGGAGUGCUGGAGGGAAAAGAGAUCAGGUGUUCAUCUGAAAGUGAAAGUGAAGCAACAGCUCCAAUCCAGAGUGAGAAUGAAUGUGAGAAAGCAGGAGUGUCCCAAAAAGAAGAGAGCGAUGGACACAUGGAGGACCUUAAAGAGAAGCAGCACCCUGAAGAAACAUCUAUGGAGAUGAAUUCUUCUGAAGAACCUCCCAAAGAACCUCAGCCUGAUGGGGCUGAACCGGAGGAGCAUCAAACCGAGGAACCGUUAGUUGUCUCAGUAGAGGCCCGAUCAGGCUGUGACCCAGAACCUGCAAAAAUCAGUGACCAUAGCUGUACAGCGGCUCAGGAAAUGACAGAGACGCCUGUUCAGUGAAGAGAAAAUUCACUAUGUUGAUUUUGUGCCAUAGUUUAUGAAGCUUCCACAAACACUAGGAGUUACAAAGCCUGGCCUUUGCUGAUAUGUGUCUUAUAAUACAGUAUGCAUG